UGGGGCGACCAUCCCCGACCCACCGCGUCCACAGGUGGCGGAUAGUGGAACGGCCUACAUUAUGUAGGGUAGCUGCGAAUAACCAAUAAGCAGUCGCGGACCAACUGGCGACAGUCUUGGAGAGCGAGGUGGGACAGGGUGGUGGCAACCCUGUCUCUAUAAAAUACCUUAUGUGCUCAGUAAAGAGACUGUCAGGCGAGAGGGAGGCGCCGAAACCUGCCACCUGCCCCCACUGCCUUGUGGGUUAGUCCUUUUGGACAAAGGCUAGCGGAGUAAACCGUACAAAAAUCCAGCAGAAGGCAAGGGGAAACCACUGCUGUAUUCUUCCCCUAGAACAUUAUGGAUCAUAUCACUUCAAUAAAUAAAGAUAAAGACGUAAAGGGGAGUUCUGAAAGAACUGCCUCGUCCGGUAGGGUCAGUCAUGCACAGCAGGUGACACCAGAUCGUCAUCAAGAUACUGCUCACAAAAGGAAAAAUCAAACAAGAAACACAGCAACCUGGAAUGUGAGAACAUUGCUAGAGAAAGGAAAACUGGACAACAUCAAGAAAGAAAUGAAGAGAAUGAAUGUUAACAUCAUGGGUUUAUGUGAAGUACGAUGGACAGGAGCUGGCAGAAUAUUGUCCGACAGCAAUAACAUCAUUUACUCAAGAGGCGACAAACAUGAAAGAGGAGUAGCGGUCAUCUUGGACAUGCCAACAUCGAAGACACUAAAGGGGUACCUGACAAUAUCAGACAGAGUUAUGCUGGUGAGACUGAAAGGAUCACCAUUCGAUACAACCAUCAUCCAAGCAUAUGCGCCAACCUCAGAAAGCACAGAAGAUGAAAUAGAGAAAUUUUAUGAUGAAAUAAACCAAGCAAAGACACAUUGUAAAUCACAAGAUAUUGUCAUAGUCAUGGGUGAUUUUAAUGCAAAAGUGGGAGCAAUAAGACAUGAAGACAUAGUGGGUCCAUAUGGACUGGGAAACAGAAAUGAAAGAGGAGAAAAACUGAUAGAAUGGGCCAUCCUGAAUGACAUGAUUAUUGGAAACACUUGGUAUGAACAACCACCAAGAAGAUUAUGGACCUGGAAGAGUCCUGGAGACAGCGCUCGCAACCAGAUCGACUAUAUCAUGAUCAAGAAAAGAUACAAAAACGGGAUGCUCAAUGUCAAAACGCGGCCAGGUGCAGACUGUUACAGUGACCAUGUACCCGUAGUGGGAAAAUUUAGAAUCAGAUUGAAAAAAACACACAUGAGCAAGAAAAAGAAUAUGAAACUAAACAUGGC